UUAUUUUGUUAGUUAUCGUGCGUCUGUGCAUUCGCAUAUCGUGUUUGUUUGGGUACAUUUAGGAUUCAAUUAGUUUAUGUAAUUGUCUUUUGAAACAGACAUGGACAAAAAUUUAAUAAUUCUCUUUUACAUACUGUGUAUAUGUUUUCACACAAUGGAUGGACCGAAAUAAUCUUUUCUUGAUAACUUUUUUAUUCGGCGAUGGCGGACAGCGACGAGGAGCAGAACGGCGGCGGGGAGGGGGAGGUGGAGGCGGAGGACGGGCGGGCGCCCCGCGUCGGCAUCAACCUGGCCGGCUUCCUGUUCGGCAACAUUGACGAGUCGGGCCAGCUGGAGAACGACGUGUUCGACAGCGAGUGCAAGCGCCACCUGGCGUACCUGGCGGGCUCGGAGCUGCGGUCGCUGCUGCGCGAGGUGAUCGAGGAGGACCGGGCGGAGCGCCGCUCGGGGAGCGACUCGGAGGGGGAGCGAGACCCCGGGGCGGUCCGGCCGCAGGAGCCGCCCGCCGACUACGACGUGAAGUCGCCGUCUGCCGUGGACUACUCGGACAUCACGGAGCUGGCGGACGACGACUGCCUGGGGGGAGCGCGGCCGAGGGCGGAGGACGGGACGGACUACGACGCGGACGAUGAGGGCGCCGGCGCGAGGGCGGACUCCCAGCUCAUGCCCCCGCCCCGGCAGCCCCCCUCGGAUGGGGACAUGUCGGCCGAGAGCCAGGCGGAGAGGAGGCGGCGGCUGGAGACCCCGCUGGCGGCCAUGCUGCCGUCCAAGUACGCCGAGGUCGACGUCACUGAGCUUUUCCCGGACUUCCGCAUCGACAAGGUGCUGCGUUUCUCGCGGCUGUUCGGGCCGGGCAAGCCCACCAGCCUGCCGCAGAUCUGGCGCAGCGUGCGCAAGCGCCGGCGCCGGCGCAAGCAGCAGCACGACCACUCCGACUCGGGCUCGGACCAGGAGGUGCAGCGCGACCGCCGGCGCGGCUGGUGCCUGGACUACGCCCCGCCGCCCCCGCCCGAGAUGCGCCAGCCCGACGACGAGGCGAAGCUGCUGUGCCCCGCGGAGGACAAGUCGCAGGGCGGCAAGCAGGACCGCGGGGACAGCAACGACAUGGGGCCCCGGGUCGCGGACUGGCGCUUCGGCCCCGCCCAGGUGUGGUACGACAUGCUGGAGGUCCCGGAGACCGGCGACGGCUUCAACUACGGCUUCAAGCUCAGGGAGAAGGUGAGCGACGACGAAGACAACCGGGACUCGAGUCGUUUUCCGGACGACGCGUUCCUCAUGGUCUCGCAGCUCCACUGGGAGGACGAGGUCAUCUGGAACGGAGAGGACAUCAAGCACAAGGUGAUGCAGAAGCUGAACUGCAAGACGAACGCGGCCGGCUGGGUCCCCAGCAGCAGCAACCGCACCGCGCAGGCGUUCAGCCAGCCGGGCAAGGGCCUGCCCAACAUCGUGGGCGGCGCCGUGCGCCUGGCCUCCGCGCAGAUGGUCGGCGCGGCCGCCCUCGGCAAGCACUCCAAGUCGCAGAUGUUGCCAAGCAAGCACCAGCCGCGCGGCGACGACAACGGCGACGACACCUGGUACUCCAUCUUCCCGGUGGAGAACGAGGAGCUGGUGUACGGCUCGUGGGAGGACGAGGUGAUCUGGGACUGCGAGAACAUGUCGCACAUGCCCAAGCCCAAGAUCCUGACGCUGGACCCCAACGACGAGAACAUCGUGCUGGGGGUGCCGGACGACGUGGACCCCGCCAAGCAGCGCGGGGACGCCGCCGCGCCCGCCAAGGUCAAGAUCCCGCACCCGCACGUCAAGAAGAGCAAGAUCCUGCUGGGCAAGGCGGGCGUCAUCAACGUCAUGGAGGAGGACGCCCCGCCGCCACCGCCCAAGUCCCCGGACCGCGACCCCUUCAACGUGUCCAACGACAGGUAUUACAUGCCUCGCUCGUCCGAGUCGUCACUGCGGCUGAAGGUGGGCGGGGGGAACCUGAUCCAGCACUCGACGCCCGUGGUGGAGCUGCGGGCGCCCUUCGUGCAGACGCACAUGGGCCCCAUGCGGCUGCGCAACUUCCACCGCCCGCCCAUGAAGCGCUUCUCGCACGGCGCGCUGGCCCACCCGGGCCCGCACCCCGUGCUGCCCCUGCUCAAGCACAUCCGGAAGAAGGCCAAGCAAAGGGAGCAGGAGCGCGCGGCGUCCGGCGGAGGGGACGUGUUCUUCAUGCGCACGGCGGAGGACCUCACGGGCAAGGACGGAGACGUGGUGCUGGUGGAGUUCUGUGAGGAGCACCCGCCCCUCAUCAACCAGGUGGGAAUGUGCUCCAAGAUCAAGAACUACUACAAGCGCAAGGCGGGCAAGGACCAGGGUCCGCAGGAGUACAAGUACGGGGAGAUCGCGUACGCCCACACGUCGCCCUUCCUGGGGCACCUGCCCCCGGGCCAGUCCAUCCAGGCCGUCGAGAACAACAUGUACCGCGCCCCCAUCUACGAGCACCGGGUGCUCGAGACGGACUUCCUCGUCAUCAGGACCAGGCAGCAGUACCACGUGAGGGAGAUAGACGCCCUCUUCGUAGCGGGCCAGGAGUGCCCCCUGUACGAGGUCCCAGGGCCGAACUCCAAGCGUGCCAACAACUUCGUCAGGGACUUCUUGCAGGUGUUCAUAUACCGCCUGUUCUGGAAGAGCAGGGACCUGCCCCGCAGGAUCAAGAUGGAUGACAUCAAGAAGGCGUUCCCCUCCCACUCGGAGAGCAGCAUCAGGAAGCGGUUGAAGCUGUGCGCGGACUUCAAGAGAACAGGCAUGGACUCAAACUGGUGGGUGAUCAAGCCCGACUUCCGCCUGCCGACGGAGGAGGAGAUCCGGGCCAUGGUCUCCCCGGAGCAGUGCUGCGCCUACUUCAGCAUGAUCGCCGCGGAGCAGCGGCUGAAGGACGCGGGCUACGGGGAGAAGUUCCUGUUCACGCCGCAAGAGGACGACGACGAGGAGAUGCAGCUGAAGAUGGACGACGAGGUGAAGGUGGCCCCGUGGAACACGACGCGGGCCUACAUCCAGGCCAUCAAGGGCAAGUGCCUGCUGCAGCUGACGGGCCCCGCCGACCCCACGGGCUGCGGCGAGGGCUUCUCCUACGUCCGCGUGCCCAACAAGCCCACCCAAAGCAAGGAGGAGCAGGAGGCGCAGCCCAAGAGGACGGUGACGGGAACGGACGCCGACCUGCGCAGGCUGUCGCUCAACAACGCCAAGGCGCUGCUCAGGAAGUUCGGCGUCCCGGAGGAGGAGAUCAAGAAGCUGUCCCGCUGGGAGGUGAUCGACGUGGUGCGCACUCUGUCCACGGAGAAGGCCAAGGCGGGGGAGGAGGGCAUGACCAAGUUCUCCCGAGGCAACCGCUUCUCCAUCGCGGAGCACCAGGAGAGGUACAAGGAAGAAUGUCAGCGCAUAUUCGACCUCCAGAACAGGGUGCUGUCGUCCAACGAGGUGCUGUCGACAGACGAAGAAGAGAGCUUCGAUGAAGACAGCUCCGACAUAGAGGAGAUGGGGAAGAACAUAGAGAACAUGCUGUCGAACAAGAAGACCAGCUCCCAGCUGUCGCUGGAGAAGGAGGAGCAGGAGCGGCAGGAACUGCGGAAGAUGAUAAUGGGGGACGGGGCGGACGGCGACCAGCGCAAGGGCAACAAGGACAAGAAGAAGGAAGACGACGACAACCAGUCCUUCACGGGGUACACCUCGCAGGCCGGGAGGGUCCUGAAGAUCUACCGCACGUUCCGCAACGCGGAGGGCAAGGAGUACACCCGGGUGGAGCUGGUGCGCAAGGGCCCCGUCAUCGACGCCUACACCAAGAUCCGCUCCACCAAGGACGAGGCGUUCAUCCGGCAGUUCGCCACGCUGGACGAGCAGCUGAAGGAGGAGAUGAAGCGGGAGAAGCGGCGGAUCCAGGAGCAGCUGCGGCGCAUCAAGCGCAACCAGGAGCGGGAGCGGUCGCUGGGCGGGCACGUGCGCCCGCACCACUACCAGCACCGCGGGGAGCCGCCCGGGGGGGACGGCGGCGGCCGGCCGGCCCACCACCUGCACCCGUCCUCGUCGCACCACCACCACCACCACCGCCGCCACCACCACCACCACCACGGCGGCGCCGGCUCCUCCUCCCAGCACGCCCACGCCAUCACGCCCAAGAGGAAGAAGCCCAAGCUCAAGCCCGACCUCAAGCUCAAGUGCGGCGCCUGCGGCAACGUGGGGCACAUGCGGACCAACAAGGCGUGCCCGCUGUACCAGUCGUCGGCGCCCCCGCCGCCCAUGAACGUGGCCAUGACGGAGGAGCAGGAGGAGGAGAUAGAGCGGGAGCUCAACACGGACGACGAGGACCUGGUCAACGUGGACGGCACCAAGGUCAAGCUGUCCAGCAAGCUCAUCAAGCACGCGGAGGAGAUGAAGCGGCGCACCCUGCUGCUCAAAGUCCCCAAGGACGCGGUGAACUCGCGCAAGCGCCGGCGCGCGGUCAGCGAGAUGCACUGCGACUACCUGAAGCGGCAGCAGCGGCCGGCCAACCGCCGCCGCACGGACCCUGUCGUGGUGCUCUCCACCAUCCUCGAGUCCAUCCUGAACGAGAUGCGAGACCUUCCCGACGUCCAGCCGUUCCUCUUCCCCGUCAACGCCAAGAUCGUGCCGGACUACUACAAGAUCGUGACGCGGCCCAUGGACCUGCAGACCAUCCGCGAGAACCUGCGGCAGAAGAAGUACCAGAGCCGGGAGGAGUUCCUGGCCGACGUCAACCAGAUAGUCGAGAACUCCACCCUGUACAACGGCGCCAAGAGCUCUCUGACGGUGGCGGCGCGCCGCAUGCUGGGGCUGUGCGCGGACCGCCUGGGCGAGAAGGAGGAGCGGCUCAUGCGGCUGGAGAAGGCCAUCAACCCGCUGCUGGACGACGACGACCAGGUGGCCCUGUCCUUCAUCCUGGACAGCGUGGUCAGCAACAAGCUCAAGGCCAUGUCCGAGUCGUGGCCCUUCCUCAAGCCCGUCAACAAGAAGCUGGUCAAGGACUACUACAGCGUGGUGCGCCACCCCAUGGACCUGGAGACCGUCGCCAAGAAGGUGGCGAGUCACAAGUAUCACAACCGCCACGAGUUCCUGGCCGACAUAGAGCGGAUCCUGCAGAACUGCGUGCUGUACAACGGCAAGGACUCCACGUACACGCAGAAGGCCGAGACGCUGGUGAAGGUGUGCCGCGCCACGCUGGAAGAGUACGGGGACCACCUGGCGCAGCUGGAGCGCAGCAUCAGCCUGGUGCAGGAGCGCGCCCUGGAGCAGGCAGACGAGGACUCCCUGGGCCUCGGCGGGGACGGGGACGGCGAGGAGGAGAACUACACCAUAGCCGAGCCCGAGCAGCACAGCCAGACCAGCUCCCCGGACAACCCCUUCGGCAAGUCGCACCUGGACGACUACGACUUCGUGGACGUGGAGGGGGAUCUGGAGAACGACCCGGGCUCCCGCCAGAUCAAGAAGGACGUGCUGGAGGAAGACCUGCAGUUCAGCAGCGAGGAGGACCUGGAGGACAACCCCCUGUCGGAGGUGGAGCCGCUGCCCGACGACGACAGCCAGCAGGCGGCAGAGGCCAUGGUGCAGCUGGGCAACCUGGGCUACUACCCCUCCUCCGCCGCCGCCGUCGCGCAGCAGCAAGACGAGAGCAUGGACGUGGACCCCAACUACGACCCGUCGGACUUCCUGCUGCAGGGGCUGCCGCGGCAGCGGGCGGGGGCGGGGGCGGCGGCCGUGCACGGCGACCUGGAGGUCAGCGAGUCGGAGGACGAGGGCCCCGCCCCCCCGGGCCCCGCCCCCGCCCCGCCCCCUCCCGACCCGCCCAGGCCCGACGAUGAGGACGACGCCGGCGGCCUGUGGUUCUGAGCCCGCCCCUCGACGCGCCCGGUGCUGCCUGGUGCUGUCCGGUACUGUCCGGUGCUGCCCGGUGCUGCCCGGUGCUGCCCGGUGCUGCCCGGUGCUGCCCGGUACUGUCCGACACUCGUCCAGAACACUGCAGAACCCUGGACUCUUACUGUUCAAUUGUGGUUUCAUUCGUGUUCUCAUCACCAGCACUUCAGUGACAAUCAAGGCACUUUAUUCUGUUAUCAGUGGUAUUGUUCAUAUUGAGGUACACUUGCAAAAGAAUAUUACUAUCAGCACUGAGUUUGAUAGGGGGACUGUAUCUUGAACAUGUUGUAAUAACGUUGGCGUUUUAUCAUUAAUAAUUUUGUCACCAGCAAUUCGGGUUCUUGGCACUGCUGGUAUGUACUUACAAUAUUUUCUUGUACAACUCAAGUAGGCGAUGGGCGAAGGAAAGUCGGUUUUGGAGUUAUUGUUUCCGUUUUGUCUGGUGUGGAACAUCGUUACGUAUGUGUUGUUUUCUUAGUUUUUUGUACCCCCCCACAACUUGUGACUAGAAUGCUUUCAAACAGGUAACUGUGGAUGCUGUGCAAGCGUGCUGAUUAAGUAUUUUGUUGCUUGAAGUGAUUUUGUUGAAUCAUUUUGCGUCCGGUUGAUUCCUGUGUGUGUGCGUGGUUCUGCCGAUGGGAUUUCAGUGCUUCUUUUAAGCAGCGUUCUGAAAGGACUAGUGAUAUGAUUUUUUUUUUGUAAUGUGAUUUAAAAAUAAACUACAUAUAUACAAAGGCAUUGUGUAUAGUAGAAAUUGUAAAUAAAUUGGUGUAAAUAAUUUUAAAAAUA